UCACCGAGGUCCAAGCGGUCCUCGGUCCCAGGCCUGUCCUGGCCACCGACCCGCUAGGACUUCUAUUCUCCAGACCCCGAGGACGCCGGUGGUGAUGCCUAGAACUCUCCUGCUGUUGUCGGGGGCCCUGGUCUUGACCCAGACCUGCGCGGGCUCCCACUCCCUGAGGUAUUUCGGCACCGCGAUGUCCCGGCCCGGCCGCGGGGAGCCCCGCUACUUGGAAGUCGGCUAUGUGGACGACACGCAGUUCGCGCGGUUUGACAGCGACGCCCCGAGUCCGAGGAUGGAGCCGCGCGUGCCGUGGUUGAAGCAGGAGGGACCGGAGCAUUGGGCGCAGGAGACGCGGGGCGCCAAGGACACCGCACAGACUUUCCGAGCGAGCCUGAACACCCUGCGCGGCUACUACAACCAGAGCGAGGCCGGAUCUCACACCAUCCAGUGGCUGUCUGCCUGCGACGUGGGGCCGGAUUGGCGCUUCCUCCGAGGAUACUGGCAGUUUGCCUACGACGGCGCGGAUUACAUCGCCCUGAACGAGGACCUGCGCUCCUGGACCGCGGCGGACACGGCGGCGCAGAUCACCCGCAGCAAGUGGGAAGCGGGUGGAGCAGCUGAGCACCGGAGGAACGACCUGCAGGUCACGUGCGUCGAGUGGCUCCGGAAGUACCUGGAGAGGGGGAAUAAGACGCUGCUGCGCACAGACUCCCCGAAGACACACAUCACCCGCUACCCCACUUCUAACCAUGACGUCACCCUGAAGUGCUGGGCCCUGGGUUUCUAUCCUGCGGAGAUCAUCCUGGCCUGGCAGUGUGACGGGGAGGACCUGACUCAGGAUGCGGAGUUUGUGGAGACCAGGCCUUCUGGGGAAGGGACUUUCCAGAAGUGGGCGGCUGUGGUGGUGCCUUCGGGAGAGGAGCAGAGAUACACGUGCCACGUGCAGCACGAGGGGCUGCCCGAGCCCCUCAUGCUGAAAUGGGAGUCCCCUCCUCAGCACAACAUUCGCAUGGUGGGCAUUGUUGCUGGUCUGGUUUCCGUUGUGGUCACUGGUGCUGUGGUGGUUGGAGCUGUCAUAUGGAGGAAGUAGAGCCCAGAUGGAAGAGGAAGGAGUUACGCUCAGUCUGCCUUGUGAGCCAGCUGCCUCGUGGGGGACUGAGUGACGCAAGAUUUGUUCACUCUUCCACUUUGUGAACAAUGCCCCUGAUUUCUCUUUCUGCAGAGGGCAUCUGCCUGUGUCCUUGUUCCAUAAUGUGAGGAAGUGGGGAGUCUGCCCUCCCCCCCAUAACCUCAUCCCACACUGACUGGGUUCUCUUUCCUCAUCUGCUUUCGUGAUCCAGCAGAGGAGAGUGGGCCGCCUCCAUGCCUGUCUUUACUUUUGUUUCACUGAGCUACAACUUCUUGCAUGUAGGACUCUGGAUGUGAAUUUGUUUUUCUAGUUCUUGGUGAGUUGAUCAGUUAGUUAAAGGAGAAGACUCCUAAAGUUUGAGAGAGGAAAUAAAUGGAAGCCCUGAGAACCUCCCAGAAUCUGCCCGUUUGGUGCCGCAUCUGCUCUGGGUGGGGACAGGAGAAAGCUGCGAGGAGCCUCAUGCCCACUCGGUGCAACAUGAGUGUGACACGGUCUCUCCACAGCUCUCCAGCUCUUUUGUCUUUGUCCCUCCAGUAGAAUCUGCCCUCCCAGGACCUGUGAUCACCCAGUUUAUCACCUGGAAAUCUGGAUAUCAUCACCCAGACCUUGUCCUGCCUCCAGGACUGUGGGCAACAAGACGCUAUGUGGCCAGGCCAGCUGUGGCUCAGGCCUGGGUUGGGCCCUCAGCCCCAUCUUUGGGUGUUUAUUCGUUGUUUCUUUGUUUCUGUAGAGGAUUAGGCCUGUUCUCAUUUUUGUGUAGGAGUUCUGGUCUAAUUCACCUUUGGGCGUCUCCUCUGUGACCGCAGGAGGAGGUGUUUGGCCUGUCAGUGUCUGCACAAGGCCCCGGGUGGCUCUGUGCACACAAAUCUGUAGAAUAAGAAGUUAUUUUCAGGCUCAUUCAGGUCUUACCUUCCUUCUCGGGCUUGAUUGUUCUUCCCAUCUUUUCCCCAGUCUUCUAAGAGGAACAGAUUCUGGAAUUUGCAGACAAGAAGCCUGCCAUAAUUUCUUAUUUUAAA